AGAGGAAACUGUGUAAAUAUAUAGCAGUUGGUUGUGACAAUGUUCCCUUUAAGCUCCCAAAAGAGAUUCUGGACUUUUUCAAAUGAACAACAACUUAAUGAAUUGCGUUUGGAAAGAAAUGUAAAUUACAUUAAUACACAUGGUGCUGAGAUGAAUAAGGAACAACGCGAGUCCUACUUCCUCUUGCCCACUGAAGAACGUAUUCUGCUGAAACAAUAUGAGCUUUAUUUAAAUGAUUUCUGCCGAAGGUUCGAGCCGCCUAUGCCAAAAUGUGUUGUUGGCACUGCAUUCCAUUAUUUCAAACGUUUCUACCUGAACAAUACACCGAUGGAUUAUCAUCCAAAGGAGAUACUCGCCACGUGUGUUUAUUUGGCUUGCAAGGUGGAAGAAUUUAAUGUAUCCAUCGGUCAGUUCGUGGGUAAUAUAAAAGGCGAUCGUAAUAAAGCUAUGGAUAUUAUACUAUCAAAUGAACUGUUAAUGAUGCAGCAGCUUAAUUAUUACCUAACAGUACACAAUCCAUAUCGACCCGUCGAAGGUUUUCUCAUCGACAUCAAGACGCGCAGCAAUAUGCCGAAUCCAGAGCGCUUGAGAGCUCAUAUUGAUGAAUUUAUAGAAAAGACUUUCUUUACCGAUGCCUGCCUUCUAUACGCGCCAUCGCAGAUUGCGUUAGCAGCUGUGCUGCAUGCGGCUAGUAAAGAGCAGGAAAAUUUGGAUAGCUAUGUGACGGAAAACUUAUUUGUGGCGGCGCGCGAUAAAUUACCAGUUCUAAUAGAGGCUGUGCGUAAAAUACGUUUCAUGGUGAAGACAUACGAGCUGCCAGCGAAAGACAAAGUGAAAAUGAUCGAAAAAAAGUUGGAGAAAUGCCGUAAUCAGGAAAAUAAUCCCGACAGUCAAGUCUAUAAAGAGCGCAUGCGCAAAAUGCUUUUGGACGAUGACUUAGACUUGCCACUUGACUCUUCAUAUCACGUCGCCGACUCCAGCGCAGAUAUGUCAUCGCUGAAUAUGAGCCAAGAAUAAAUAACAUUCACUGUUUGUAAGAGUUUAAAGUUGCAGUAAUUUGUUAAUUAUAUUGUUGAUGCAGAGAAAAAAAGAAAAGUGUAACUUUUGACUAUUACCAAAUACAUAUUAGUAUGCAAUACAAAAGAAAAUAAUAAAAA